CUGCUGCUACUGCGCAUGCUCAGAAGCAGCACCGUUAUCCAGGCCGAGCUGUCAUUCACCAUCUCAAGCAGCAGAUCUCCUGGGAUUUUUUUUAUCCAGCCCUUCUUUGGGGAGACUCACAGUGGGAUAGGUGCACGGGAAUUUAACACAGAGAAGCUGUUUUUGAGAAUUUAUUUUCCUGGAGUAAGAAGAAAGAACAAGAUGAACUUGGGUGGGGGCUGGAUGUGGCGCCUGCUGCUCCUGUCCUCGCUGGCCGCCGCUGCCGUGGCGGCUCACGAGGGCCAGUGGGAUGGGGACGUCUCGGACGACGACUUGGGUUUGGACGAGGAGGAGCUGAAGGUUCUGAUGGACGAGGAAGAGGACGAAGCAACGGUGGCGGACGAAGAGCAGCCCGACGACGCGGAUCAGGCCGGUUCUGAUACCAAUGUCACCUUCCAGGUAACGUACAAGACUCCAGUUCCAACUGGAGACGUUUACUUUGCUGAGACGUUUGAUGACGGAUCACUGGACAGGUGGCAGCUGUCAAAAACAACAAAGGAGGACGCAGAUGAGGAUAUCGCCAAAUAUGACGGAAAGUGGGCCGUGGAGCCGCUGAAGGAGAACAAGGUUCCGGGAGACCAGGGUCUGGUGCUGAAGUCCCGGGCCAAGCAUCACGCCGUGGCCGCCAUGCUGGACAAACCUUUUGUCUUCAAGGAGAAACCUCUGGUUGUUCAGUACGAGGUGAAUUUCCAGGACGGUAUCGACUGUGGCGGAGCUUACAUCAAACUGCUCUCAGACGACGGAAAUCUCAAUCUGGAGCAGUUCCACGAUCGCACACCUUACACCAUCAUGUUCGGACCGGACAAGUGCGGCGAGGACUACAAGCUGCACUUCAUCUUCCGCCACAAGAACCCUCUGAACAAAGACAUGGAGGAGAAGCACGCCAAGAGGGCCGACGUGGACCUGAAGAAGUUCUACACAGACAAGAAGACCCACCUCUACACGCUGGUCCUGAACCCAGACAACAGCUACGAGAUGUUCAUCGACCAGUCCAGCGUCAGCCGCGGCAGCCUGCUGCACGACGUGGUGCCUCCCGUCAACCCGCCCAAGGAGAUUGACGACCCGAACGACGCCAAGCCCGACGACUGGGACGAGAGGGCCAAGAUUCCCGACCCGGAGGCUGUUAAACCUGCUGACUGGGAUGAGGAUGCACCUGCAAAGGUGGAGGAUCCUGACGCGGUGAAGCCAGAGGGCUGGCUGGACGAUGAACCAGAGUUCGUCCCCGACCCAAACGCUGAAAAACCAGAAGACUGGGACGAGGAGAUGGAUGGAGAGUGGGAGGCCCCGCAGGUUCCUAACCUGGCCUGUGAGACGGCUCCUGGCUGCGGGGACUGGAAGCGCCCCAUGAUCAACAACCCUCAGUACAAGGGCAAGUGGAAAGCCCCUCUGAUAGACAACCCCAACUAUCAGGGAGUCUGGAAGCCACGGAAGAUCAAUAACCCGGACUAUUUCGAGGACCUGCAGCCGUUCAGGAUGAUGGCGUUCAGAGCUCUGGGUCUGGAGCUGUGGUCGAUGACCUCGGACAUCUACUUCGACAACUUCAUCAUCACGUCUCACAAGGAGGUGGCGGACCGCUGGGCGUCCGACAGCUGGGGGCUGAAGAAGCUGGUGGCCAGCGCUAAUGAGCCGGGGAUUUUCACUCAGCUGCUGAUGGCGGCGGAGGAGCGCCCGUGGCUGUGGGUGAUCUACAUCCUGACCGUGGGCCUGCCGGUCGGACUGACCGUGCUCUUCUGCUGGCCCAAGAAAUCAGACGACUACGUCUACAAAAAGGUGGACCUGCCUCGUGCUGAUAUAGAGGAGGAGGAGGAAGAGGAGGACGAGGAGGAGGGAGCAGCAGAGGAGGAAGACAAGGCAGCUGAAGGUCCAGAGGAAGCUCCGGCUGCAGCAAAAGAAGAAGAGGAGUUGGAGGACGGUGGAGCAGGAGAUGAAGGGGACGAGGAGGAAGAAGAAGAAGAGGAGGUGGAGGAGGAGGUGGUGGAGGAGGAAGAGGAGGACAGCAAAGCUCCAGAGAGGACAUUAGAAGAUGAGAAGAAUGGAGGAGAUUCUGCUGAGGAGAGCCACAAACAUGCCGUGAGGAAGAGGAGGGUAAGGAAAGACUGAGGAGGGGAAUCCCACACCUGCCGUUUUCUCCUCCUCCCUCCARGGAGAGGAAGUGGAAGGGUCUUCUCUGUUGUUGCCGCCCCUUUCCCCCUCAAUCAGGGAGGAAGAGGCCUGUUCUCCUCCAGCGUCUCAGCUCCACCCGCCCAGGUUUGCAGUCUCUCACAGACCACAUCCUGUUCGUCCUCUCCUCCCGUCUGCUCAUCUCCAAACGAGCUCCCCGGAGGUUUAUGCAUUUAGCUCUCCCACCCUCCAGCUUUCACUUCAUUUUCCACCUUUCUUCUGUUCUAGAAGCUGUCAGAAAACCUGUCAGCCUGAAAACUCCCUUCUUUUCCACCUCGUCUGUCUUCGAUCCAUCCYUCUGCCUCCCGUCAGCGACGACAGUUCUUCUCCACCGUCAACUUCUUACCAUUUCACUGCAUAUCACAGAGCUAUGUGUUUGUUUCUUGUGUCCUCUUCUUUUUUCUUUUCUUUUUUUUUUUGAAGAACAUGCUCGAGGACACUGUUUUGACAGUUCCUCUCGUGUGUGAAAUUGUUCCGGGUUUCCAGAGCGGGGCGAGAACGCUGAGCUCCGAGGAAAAACUGCUGUGAAAAUUAAAAAAAUAAAUAAUUCAUCUGAAGAACCUGGAAUUCAUGGUUUAGAUUUUAGGUAGUUUGUAAUCCUUCAUCAGCUUUUUUACACUGUAAAAACAGGUUGAAUUAGUUCUAAUAAUCCUAUUUAUUGCUUUUGUUUUUGUUUUCCAGACCUGAGGCAGGAGUUUUAACAUUAACUGAUGUGCUGAUUCUUCUUAGCUGAGGUCUGUUAAAUGUUCAAAUAAAUAAAUAAAACUGACAUUAUCAGAAAUAGCAGGUACUUUUUACUGCCUUGCUCAUCAGUUUAGUAUGUAAUAAGUGACUUUAUUAAAACACACACAAACACACACACACACACCUCAACCAGAAGACUUUUCCAGAUUUAGAGCUCAGAUUAGUUUAUUUGUGUGGGAAAAUGUUUUUUUGUUAUUGUCUGAAGCUUUUGUAGGUCAGGUUUUGUUG